CACAAAGUGUUAGUACAAGAUUUGCAUAGAGGUGACAUCACGGUAGCUGCGUUCAAUGAUCUUUCCAAUAAACUUCUUCGAGAGUAUCGAGAUGAUGACACAAGGAGGGUGAAGGAAACCACUGACCAAAUGAACACUUGUUGGGUUAAUCUGAACCAAAGAGCUGUUGAUCGUCAGAAUUUCUUGGAGGCCGAGCUGAGGACAGUGCAGGCCUUGCACAGGGAUCUGGAGAGCUUCCUCAAGUGGCUUCAAGAGGCAGAGACGACAGUGAAUGUUCUUGCAGACGCGUCCCACCGUGAGACUGCUGCUCAGGACAGUGCCUGCAUAAGGGAGCUAAGAAAACAGGUUCAGGACAUCCAAGCUGAGAUAGAUGCCCACAAUGACAUCUUCAAAAGCAUUGAUGGAAACAGGCAGAAGAUGGUGAAAGCCUUGGGAAACUCCGAGGAAGCUGCUCUGCUCCAGCACCGACUUGACGACAUGAACCAGCGCUGGAACGACCUCAAGGCAAAGUCAGCCAACAUCAGGGCUCACUUGGAGGCAAGUGCAGAGAAAUGGAACAGAUUGCUGACAUCCCUGGAAGAGUUAAUCAAAUGGCUGAAUACGAAAGAUGAAGAACUAAAAAAGCAAAUGCCCAUUGGAGGGGAUGUGCCAACCUUACAGCAACAAUAUGAUCACUGCAAAGCCCUGAGACGUGAACUGAAGGAUAAGGAACAAACCAUUCUCAGUGCUGUGGAGCAGGCACGGGUUUUCCUUGCUGACCAACCCAUCGAGGGGCCUGAGGAACCAAGAAGGAGCUUACACUCAAAAACAGAACUGACCCCUGAGGAGAAGGCGCUGCGAAUCGCCAAAGCUAUGCGUAAGCACUCCUCAGAGGUGAAGGAGAAAUGGGAGAACCUAAAUGCUAGUGCCAACAUCUGGCAAAAGCAAGUGGACAAAGCAUUAGAAAAACUGAAAGACUUGCAGUGUGCCAUGGAUGACCUUGAUGCUGACUUGAAGGAGGCUGAAAAUGUGAAGAAUGGCUGGAAACCCGUGGGAGACCUGCUCAUAGAUUCCUUACAGGAUCAUAUUGAGAAAACUGCAGCUUUUAGAGAAGAAAUUGCUCCCAUCAACUUGAAAGUUAAAGCAGUGAAUGAUUUGUGCAGUCAGCUCUCUCCGCUGGACCUUUAUCCAUCAUUAAAGAUGUCUCGUCAGUUAGAUGACCUUAACAUGCGGUGGAAGCUUUUACAGGUGUCAGUAGAGGAUCGUCUUAAACAGCUGCAGGAGGCACACCGAGAUUUUGGGCCUGCAUCACAGCACUUCCUUUCCACUUCAGUACAGUUUCCAUGGCAGAGAUCUGUUUCACACAACAAAGUGCCCUAUUAUAUCAAUCACCAGACACAAACAACCUGUUGGGAUCAUCCUAAAAUGAUUGAGCUCUUCCAGUCCCUAGCUGACCUGAACAAUGUUCGCUUCUCUGCCUACCGCACGGCCAUCAAGAUCCGAAGAUUGCAGAAAGCUCUGUGCUUGGACCUGUUGGACCUGAACACAACGAGUGAAAUAUUUAAACAGCACAAGCUGAGUCAAAAUGACCAGCUCAUUGGGGUCCAGGAUGUGAUCAGCUGCCUCACUACCAUCUACAGUGGACUUGAAGAAAAACACAAAGAUCUGGUGAAUGUUCCCCUCUGUGUAGACAUGUGUCUAAACUGGCUGCUCAAUGUAUAUGAUAG